AUGACGGACGGCCAGCCUAAACCCAUAGUGGUAAUGAUAAGUAAUAGUGGAUCCAACAAAAAUCCAUGCUAUAGAAAAACAGUUCAGAGUGCAUCCAAUCCAGUAGAAAGACGAAUGACACCCUUAAGCCAUGACUUAGCUGAAAAACGCAAUUUCAAAGCGGCCAGAGAUGUUUUGACAACAGUGUGGGAGGAUACAAUUAUCAAUGAUUAUCUGGUACUUGUUAAGUAUGUAGAACCUUCCGAAGAAUCCUACUGCCCAAAUAAAAAAUCAGCAGCUUGGAUGGAAAAACAUGUAAUGACUUGUCAUUAUAUGACUCAAGUCAUAAAGUGUGAUGAUCCAAGCUGCUGUAAACCUUUUCAUAGUGGAAUCAAACAGUUCCUUCCAAAUCACUUUUUCCCACCACUUCUGAUCCAACAGAAGCUUCAUAGUAUUUGUACAGCAAGCAUGGGCAUAUCUGAUAAUACAACUCACUUUGGUGGCUUUCUUCUCUCUAUAUUAAUAGAAGAAAAGUUAACUCCUCCGGACGCAAAUCUACAGUAUUUUCCCUUCAAUUGGUAUUGCCCAACCAUUAAUAAAUCAAUUAAUGAAUAUCUCCAGCCUGUUUUGGACAUUCAAGAUUAUGAAAGUAGUGAAACUAUGCAGGUAGAUGAAGCAGUGCCGGAAGAUUUGUUAGAAAUCUACUCUCAGCAAAUGCAAGUUCAAGAAAAGUUGAUUGCAGAUAGAGUAUUAAUAGUUGACUGA